AUGAUAGCUGGACCUUUAAGGAGAUGUAAGCGACUAUUUCCUGUGAUAUUGUUUUUCCUAACUAUUGUGAUAAUAGUAGUUAUUACUAGAUUAAUCCAUGUUGACAAACAAAAUGAAGCAUCCACGCCACAUGUUUAUAGAUACAAGAACCAGGAAGAGUACGUGGACAAACAUGGCAUUAGAGUUGUUGUGGGCCAUUAUGUAGGUAACCCCGUGGGUAAAAUUCCAAAUGCCACGUAUGACAUGAUAAACAAAAAUAAUUUUAACCCUAGUCCCGCAGCUGGAAGGAAUGGCCUUCCUGUUGUUAUGGAACCUAAGGAUUUGCUAGAAAUGCAGCAACUUUUUCAAAUUAAUAGGUUCAAUCUGAUGGCCAGCGAUAAAAUACCUUUAAAUCGAAGUCUUCCAGAUUUUAGAAGAAAAAGGUGCACCACCCUUUUCAAAGACUACAGUUCCUAUCCGAAAACUAGUAUAAUCAUCGUAUUCCACAACGAAGCUUGGUCAACUCUACUCAGGACGGUGUGGAGUGUGAUAAAUAGGUCCCCAGAUGGGCUAGUCGAAGAAAUAAUAUUAGUCGAUGACGCUAGUGAGAGAGAAUUCUUGAAAAAACCCCUGGACGACUACAUCCGCACAUUGCCUGUCAAAACUACAAUCCUUCGCAGCCCUGAAAGAAUAGGGUUGAUUAAAGCAAGACUGAAAGGGGCACAUGCGGCAAAGGGCGAAGUACUGACUUUUCUAGACGCUCACUGUGAGUGCACUAUCGGGUGGUUGGAAAGCCUCUUAAGUGUGAUCAAAAACGACAGAAAAACGGUAGUAUGUCCCGUCAUUGACAUUAUAAGUGAUGAUACAUUCGCUUACGUCAAGAGCUUUGAGUUGCACUGGGGUGCGUUCAAUUGGAAUCUUCAGUUUAGGUGGUACACUCUAGGUGGCAAAGAGAUGAAGCUGCGGAAAAACGACGCCACACAACCAUUCAACUCACCGACCAUGGCUGGUGGACUUUUCGCGAUGGAUAAAAAUUUUUUCUUCGAGAUCGGAGCCUAUGACGAGAAUAUGAACGUAUGGGGUGGUGAAAAUUUGGAAAUGUCGUUUAGAGUUUGGCAGUGUGGUGGAAAAAUACAGAUAGCCCCUUGUUCUAGAGUGGGGCAUAUUUUCCGGAAAUCUUCUCCGUAUUCUUUUCCGGGUGGGAUAAAUAAAACACUGUUUUCGAAUUUAGCGAGGGUGGCUAUGGUUUGGAUGGACGAAUGGGCUGAUUUUUAUUUCAAGUUCAACGAAAUGGCAAGAGCCGUUAAAGAUGAGCAAAAUAUUACCUCAAGGGUGGAGCUAAGAAGAAAACUGGAAUGCAAAAGUUUCGAAUGGUAUCUCGACAACAUCUGGCCACAACAUUUUUUCCCUAAGAAGGAUCGCUUUUUUGGUCGCAUAAAAAAUUUGGGAGAAGAUAUGUGCCUUAUUAAGCCUGAUAGAAAAGGACUGUCCAAUCAACCUAUGGGCAUCGCAAGAUUAGAAAGGUGUUUGGGUGAUGACGUAGCCAUGGAACUAUUCGUUAUGACAAAAGAAGGGUUUGUUAUGACCGACGAUUCCAUAUGUCUGGACGCCCCUGAAAGGGUGGGAAUUGGACCCUUGAAAGUCAGAAUAAUAGCUUGUAGCGGUUUCAGCAGACAAAGAUGGAAGUACUACGAGAAGACAAAAGAAUUUCUUCACAUCACUAAUCACAAGUGCUUGGAUAUAAGCAAUACCAAAAACUUCACAGAUGGUCUUAUCAUUAACGACUGCAACGGAAAUCCAUCACAGAAGUGGCGACUAGAAGUUGUACCUUGGAAAUAAUUUAACAAAUUUUCAAUUUCUAUAACUAUUUAUAACAUAACAUUAACUUAUUGAUUAAAAUUUAUAUUUUAAUAAAUUUGGUUCAAAUUUUUUAUACCUACAAUUUUUUUAAAACUGGAC